CCUGGCAGCAUGGCGGUGCCGCUCAGAACCCUCCUGCUGGUGUUUGGGCUCACCCUGGUUCAACCAGCCUCUGCCCACCGGAAGCUCCUGGUGUUUCUCCUGGAUGGUUUUCGCUCAGACUACAUCAGUGAUGAGGCUUUGGAAUCCUUGCCUGGUUUCAAAGAGAUUGUGAGCAAGGGGGUAAAAGUGGAUUACUUGACUCCAGACUUCCCUAGCCUCUCCUAUCCCAAUUACUACACCCUAAUGACUGGCCGCCACUGUGAGGUACAUCAGAUGAUUGGAAACUACAUGUGGGAUCCCAGCACCAAUAAGUCAUUUGACAUCGGGGUCAACCGUGACAGCCUGAUGCCCCUCUGGUGGAAUGGGUCAGAACCACUGUGGAUCACGCUGACCAAGGCCCGGAGGAAGGUCUACAUGUACUACUGGCCAGGUUGUGAAGUUGAGAUUCUUGGUGUCAGACCUACUUACUGCCUCGAAUAUAAAAAUGUCCCAACGGAUAUCAAUUUUGCUAAUGCAAUCAGUGAUGCUCUUGACUCAUUGAAGAGUGGCCGGGCUGAUCUAGCAGCCAUAUACCAUGAGCGCAUCGAUGUGGAGGGCCACCAUUACGGUCCCUCUUCACCUCAGAGAAAAGACGCCCUCAAGGCUGUGGACACUGUUCUGAAGUACAUGACCCAGUGGAUCCAGGAGCGGGGCUUGCAGGAUGACCUGAACGUCAUCAUUUUCUCAGACCAUGGGAUGACUGACAUUUUCUGGAUGGACAAAGUGAUUGAGCUGGACAAGUACAUCAGCCUGGAUGACCUGCAUCAAGUGAAGGACCGAGGGCCUGUCGUGAGCCUUUGGCCAGCACCCAGGAAACACUCUGAGGUACAUCGCAAGCUCAGCACAGUAGAACACAUGACUGUGUAUGAGAAAGAAGCUAUACCCAGCAGGUUCUAUUAUAAGAAAGGCAAAUUUGUCUCACCUUUGACUUUGGUGGCGGAUGAAGGGUGGUUCAUAACAGAGAAUCGAGAGAUGCUUCCAUUUUGGAUGAACAGCACUGGCAGGCGGGAAGGCUGGCAGCGUGGAUGGCAUGGUUAUGACAACGAGCUCAUGGACAUGAGGGGCAUCUUCCUGGCUUUUGGACCUGAUUUCAAGUCCAACUUCAAAGCUGCUCCAAUCAGAUCUGUGGAUGUCUACAACGUCAUGUGCAAUGUAACAGGCAUCGUCCCGCUGCCCAACAACGGGUCCUGGUCCAGGGUGGUAUGCAUGCUGAAGGGCCAGACCAGCUCGGCUCCAUCUGUCCAGCUGAACAGCUGUGCUCUGGUCUUGAUUCUCCUCUUAAACUUUGUAUAACUGGUCAUAUUGCUUGUUCCAAGACACUAUCAGCAAAAUGUGCCUCCAACAUGGAA